AUAAAAAAAAAGAAGCUCCCCUGAAACCAGAAAGAAAUUUUGAAAACAAAGAAAAAGGGGUGAGAGUGAAAGAGAAAAUGGGUUCAAAUGCAUUCUUCUCUUUCAUUCUUUCUGUUUUCCUCCUAGCCACAUUGGCCUCUGCUUCCACCUUCAUUUCAAAUGACAUAUUUCAGUCUGAGACAUCCAGGGGACGUACCCUCCUACAAGCUGAUCAGAAACCCUGUUCAGUUAUGUUUGAGUACGAGAACUACUCAGUCCUAACAAGCCAAUGCAAGGGACCAAAUUACCCAGCUAGAGUAUGCUGUGAGGCAUUCAAGCAAUUUGCUUGCCCCUAUACAGAAGUGAUCAAUGAUCUAAGCACUGAUUGUGCUGCAUCUAUGUUUGAUUGGAUAUAUAUCUAUGGCAAAUACCCCGCUGGCUUGUUUUAUAAGAACUGCAAAGAAGGGAAGGAAGGUCUUGAUUGCAGAAGUGUACAACCACACCACGGUCAUCAUCGCCUAGGCGGUCAUCAUCGUCGCGGAGGUCAUCAUGGCUAAGAUCCAAAUUUAACAAUAAAGAGCUUUAAGUGUACGAGGAUCUCUUAUACUGCGAAUGAUUGGUUUUAGGCCGCUAGCUCUUUUUUCUUUGUUUUAAACUUGUGUGUUUUUGGAAUGACUACAAGUCUUGUCACUCUUUGAGUGUUAGACUUGAUUUUGAUCUAAAACUAUAUGUAAACUCAUGCUAUGCAUGUGCAAAAAAUGUGUUAUGAGGAUGCAAGUUCCAGACAAGUCCCAUAUACAAUAUUUAAGCAAGUUCAUUGA